GCGGUCAAGCUUCUCGCACGGCGCGCAUGGCCUGCAGUACUUGCGAUCCCCCGCGUCCGGAUUCUUGUCCGCGAAGGGCGCAGCUUACGGUAUCUGGAUGCUUGUCUGGAUGUCCACCUCUUCCUCAACGUUCACAUCCCGCAAUCGGGCUCGCAUGUACCACGACCGAGCGCUGUCUAUCUACUUCAUCGUCUGAGCAAACAUGCAGUCCUCUCCAAACGCUUCAGCCCGUUCAGUAGAUGUCCUAGUCGUCGGUGGCGGCCCCACAGCCCUCGUAGCAACGUAUAUGCUACUCAAGACUGGGGUUGUUGCCCUUGCAGUAGAACAGUACGAUAAAGCGGCACAGGCCUCGUAUGGAAGGGCAUGCAUGCUCUACGCUCGCUCCGUCGAGCUCCUUGACCUGAUUGGAAUGUACGCUCGGAUUGCAGAUAUAGGAUUCAUGAUCAGAGGCUCGAUCACCUUCAAAGAUGGCAGGGAAGUACCGGCGCGAGGAUGGUCCUUCGUGCGCGACGCCAUUGUCGGCAACACCUUCUUCGAUUUCAGCUUCAGUAUCAGGCAAAAGUACCUCGAGGCUGCCUUAAGGGAGGCCAUACAAUCCAUCGAUCCCAACGCCCUCCGAGCUCCCGCGAAACUCAUCGAGUACUCUAUUGAUCCAACCGCACCGUACCCCGUACUUGCGACAAUACAAGAGGACCAAAGAACUUACCAAGUUCGCUGCAAAUACUUGGUAGGAGCUGACGGGGGACGCUCCACCGUCCGUUCCAUUUGCCGGAUCCCGUUUCCUGGUACAAACUCAGACCAUCGUUGGGUGCGCAUGGACGCUGUUGUGCGCACGGACAUGCCGCAUAGCAGGAGAGGCGGCGUCGCGAUCGAAUCCAUCGAGCAUGGCAACGUUCUCUGGACCCCGACGGAUAACGGGCGCACUCGGAUCGGCUUUGUCUGCCCACAACAUCUAUUUGGUCAGGACGGGGAGUCACCGACCGCUGAAGUCAUCAUGGCAGAGGCCAAGAAAGCCGUCCGCCCGUUCACUCUGGACUUUGUCGAGCUGGACUGGUGGACGGUGUACGCGAUCGGGCAGCGCGUCGCGGAGACGUUCAAAGACGGGCCAGUCCUUCUAUCGGGCGACGCGGCACACACGCACUCCUCCGGUGCAGCACAGGGCAUGAACACAGGCAUUCACGACGCGACCAACCUCGCCUGGAAGCUCGCCGGGGUGCUCAAGGGGUGGCUGCACGAGAGCGUGCUCGACACGUACGACGCCGAGCGCCGCGCCUCCGCACAGUACCUAAUACAGCUAGAUCGCGACAUCGCAUCGCUCAUCUCUGGCAAGAUCCCCAGCCACAUCCACGCGCCGCCCGACGCGGACGUCAACUCGUACCUCGACGAGGUCUUCACCACCAACGCGUCCUUCACCGUCGGCCUCGGCAUCUCGUACACGGAGAACGUGCUGAACCGCCGCACCGGCGCGAGCGCGACGCCUGCGGCUGCGCUCCUGGGUCGUCGUGCGCCAGACGUCGCGCUCGUCCUCCCGGGCGCCGCGUUCCCGCGACGGCUCUACGAGCUGAUGCCGUACUCUGGGCGGUUUUGGAUCCUCGUCUUUGCCGGCGCACUGGAGGCGACACCUGCGGGCGCGGCGCUGAACGCGGCGUGCGCGGGCAAAUACUUCGCGCUCAGGCAGGCGCUGGACGCGCCAGACGCAUUCACGCACACACGCGCGCCCGUGUUCGCGUUCCUGACGAUCCCGCGCGGGGAGGGUGCACUACAGUCCGCUGAGACGCUGGGCGAGCAGCCACUGGGCACUUCGGCUUAUGACCUGACCGGGGAUGCGUAUGCGAAGUAUGCGGUAGAUGCGGCGGAGGGUGGCGUGGUCGUCGUUCGCCCGGACGGCAUAGUCGGGACCGUGGCCCCGCUGGGGGCGACCGGGUAUGGAGAGCUCGAAUCCUACUUCGCGAAGAUUGUGCGGCCGUCGGCGAACGAGGGGCAGCAGGAGGUGGCAGGGCAGCUGACGGUGGGCGAGAUAUCGCUCGAAGGCCAUGAGGAGAAGCUUGAUAUCACCAAUGCUUCCUUGCUGUAAACUAGCAGCUACGCACUUGUCGCCUGAUGAAGUUGCUAUGUAGCAACUGAGGCUAUAAAACAGCACUAGCGUGAGCCGGGUACCACCGGGCUGACCAUCGACUAUCGCACCUCCCAGAGUGGCGCAACCUCCAAAUCAGUACUUGCCUCGACCAAACGCGU